UUCAAGGGAACUUUUAAAGCUGAGCUGAAAUAUUUGAAAUGUGGAACACUCUUGACCAUGAAAUAUGUUCUACUUACAUGCCUCAGCCUUUAAAAGUUCUUUGCAUUAGAGUCAGAGAUUACAUUCUUCCUGGAGCCAAGCACGGGGCCAGCUGUGAACUAGUCAGACUUCUCCUUGGGGAGACUGAUGGGGGUGUAAAAGGUUUGUUGUGGCCAGUGUCAGAAGCCCUCCCGGCUCCAUCACCAACGCCGAACUUCCACCUCGACCCCCUGGAGACCACUUAGACACCUGAGCGGAGGCGACAGCUGCGUUAGAAAACCAUGCUUCAUGUCAGCAGGCACCAACGGCCGAGUUUAAACUCUGUUCAGCAUGUGGACACGGCGGAGAAAUGAGCUGUCGGGACAAGCCAGGGCAGCUCAUAAACUGGUUCCUCUGCUCCUUGUGCGUCCCGAGGGUGCGGAAACUCUGGAGCAGCCGGCGCCCCAGGACGCGGAGGAACCUCCUGCUGGGCACCGCCUGCGCCAUCUACCUGGGCUUCCUGGUCAGCCAGGUGGGGCGCGCCUCUGUCCAGCACGCAAGGCCGGCAGGAAAGGGGCCGCACCGGAGCCGGGCUGCCACCGAGGCCCCCUUCCCUGAGAUACCCCUGGAUGGCACGCUGGCCCCUCCCGAGUCCCAGGGCAAUGGCACCACGCUGCAGCCCAACGUGGUGUACAUCACCCUGCGCUCGAAGCGCAGCAAGCCAGCCAACAUUCGUGGCACAGUGAAACCGAAGCGCAGGAAAAAGUAUGCGGUGGCUUCUAGAGUCCCGGGGCCCGAGGCUUUGGGGGGACCAUCCCUUCGGCCUCAGGUAGCUGCAAGGGCAGCGGAUCCUGGAGUGCCCGGGCACGUCCCAGGGGCAAACCUGGCCAAGGCUGGGGAGCGACCCUGGAGGUGGAUCCAGGGUCUGGGAGCGCGAGGUGGGGGCGCCGAUGUGCAGCCGCCCCUGGCCGGGGAGAGCAACAUCCGGAUCUACAGCGAGAGCGCCCCGUCGUGGCUGAGCAAAGAAGACAUCGGCCAGAUGCGCCUGCUGGCCAACGGCGCCGUGGCCGGUCUCCAGCCGGCCCAGUCCAGGAGCGGAGCGCGCCUGCUGGUGCUGGAGGGGACUACCCGGCCCUCGGUGCCUGCCUGCGGUCCCAGCCCCUGCGGGCUGCUCAAGCCGUCUCUGGACAUGAGCGAGGUGUUUGCCUUCCACCUGGACAGGAUCCUGGGACUCAACCGGACCCUGCCCUCUGUGAGCAGGAAGUCUGAGUUCAUCCAAGAUGGCCGCCCAUGUCCUUUCAUCCUCUGGGAUCCAUCUUUGUCUCCAACAAAUAAUGAGACCCACUCUUCUGUUAAGCUCACUUGGGGAACUUAUCAGCAGUUGCUGAAACAGAAAUGCUGGCAGAAUGGUCGAGUACCCAAGCCUGAAUGGGGCUGUACUGAAAUACAUCACCACGAGUGGUCCAAGAUGGCCCUCUUUGAUUUUUUGUUACAGAUUUAUAACCGCCUGGAUACCAACUGCUGUGGGUUCCGACCUCGAAAGGAAGAUGCCUGUGUACAGAGUGGACAGAGUUCAAAAUGCGACAACCAGGAUGCCGUGGUUCUAGCCCACAUUGUCCAGCGAAAGGAGGACCCAAGACACUUGGUUUUUAUAGAUAACAAGGGUUUCUUUGACAGAAGUGAAGAGAACUUGAACUUCAAACUCUUAGAAGGCAUCAGAGAGUUUCCCGAAUCUGCAGUUUCUGUUUUGAAGAGCCAGCACUUACGGCAGAAACUCCUUCAGUCUCUGUUUCUUGAUAAAGUCUACUGGGAGAGUCAGGGGGGUAGACAGGGCAUCGAAAAGCUGAUCGACGUGGUAGAACAGAGAGCCAAGAUCCUGCUCACCUACAUCAAUGCACAUGGGGCCAAAGUGUUACCUAUGAAUGAAUAACAAAAGGUCUUCUGGCUGGUGGUCCAGUCCUUUCAGAGAUGAGGCAGUGGAGAUGAAUACACAAAGUAAUGAAUUUAAUCUAGUAAAUAUGGUGAGCCUGAGCACAAUAGCAGUCUUUAAAAGCUUUUGCAAAUAUACUGCUAAAAUGUAUCUGUUUACAUUUUCCUUUAACAUCAUGACCUGGAGUCUCAACAUCUGAGCACAGAAUGGUUGCAAUUUUUAUCCCAGUUAGUUGUGUUAAAGCAUCUGUCACAUCGGUUAAUAGGAUAGUAUGAACGAGAAGUGGUGAUUCCUUUAAUAAAUCCGAUUUGAUGCCAUUUGCUGAUUUGACCAAAUACUAAUGGGAACAGUUCUGGACAUCUUUCUGUUGUUGACUGUUAGAACAGACAGCAGUUUCAACACUACCCAGAGGCAACUCUACACUGGAAAAUGGAGGUGUAUAAUCUUCAGAAACUUCAGACUCUAUAGUAAUUCUAAGGAGAAAUGUUGGUUUAUUUGUAAAACCCCCAGUGUAUAUUCUAUUAUAUCUAAAAAUGAUCAGCCAGCUCUGUGAUCCUCAACACAAGAAUCUCAUUUCCCAUUCCCUUUUGGAAAUGUAUUAACAUUUUGUCAUCAGUAUAGGAACCUACAUCUGACUGUUUAUACAUUAGGUAGCUUUACUCUCUGUUUUGGUCCAACUUAUAUCUGGUGGCUUAAAAAUUCAAUUUUUAGGUAUAAAGUUGCAUAUGUGAAACUACGCUUAUUGAGUGUCUUUUGGUUGGGUAGAUGCUCUUUUUACAUUUUUUGUCAUUUUUACUAAGGGUAAGCUAAAAUUUCUGCUUAUUUCAUAAAUAAUAGUGGAUUUCUUCAAGCUUGUUCUUUGUAAUUAUAUUUAAACAGAAUUAAUUGAUAUUGUCCAGAUUUGACAAUAGGGCCAGAUAUUGAGUGUUUGAAUAUAUUGUUUGACUUAUUCUAAUAUGAAAAAUAGGAGCAAAAUAAGUUAAAACCCAACUCUGAUCAGUUCUCCUCAAGUGAAAUCACAUGACUAGAAACAGGAAAUUGGAGGAUAUUUAGCCUCAAACAAUUCUCUCUGAACUCUGUUGUUUAGUCAAUAAAUCGUGUUCAACUCUGCGACCCCAUAGACUGUAGCCCUCCAGGUUCCUCUGUGCAUGGAAUUUUCCAGGCAAUAAUAGUGGAGUUGCCAUUUCCUUCUCCAAAGGAUCUUCCUGACCCAGGGAUCGAGCCCAUGUCUCCUGCUUGGCAAGUGGAUUCUUUACCACUGCACCACAUGUCCUUGGAGGCAUCUACAUCAUGUUGUUUGACAGAUGUUCCCAUAGAACAUCUAUGAUUUCUCAGUUCUGCAUGUUAUUCCUAAAGUGCAUCCCAUUUUCUGUGUUCUAAUAAGGGUCGCUCAGAAUCACUGAAGAUUAGAACUACUAGAGACAGUAUGAUAAAGGCUAACCUAUCUAUAGAUUUUAAUUUAUACAAACAUUUGGGCAAAGUGACAUAACAUGUAGAUUAUAAGAAAACGUAGACAGAGGGAAAGGGGGUCAUUUGGUCCUCUAAUUAUAACUUUUCUAGGCUUACAUUCAAGUCCUACUUUUUAGCACCCUCACUUCACAGCUGACCCUUAGAGAGCUGGCCUUCAGACCAUACCGUCUUCAGCGUUCCCUCUGUAGCCCUGAGUGUGUCUCCCCACCCUCUGCCCCAUACUUUCUAAGUACACAUGGACUCUGCUGAGUCUCCACCGCUACCUGCUGUAUUUGGUCUCUUUAAGAUCACUUUGUGUCUCAAUAAUCAGCAUAUUAAUGAGACAUUGGCCUAACAGAAGUCUGGAGAUGCAAACUCUACAUUAAAAUAACUCUUUGUCAAGUUGCCUUAUACUUUGUCUUAUCUAGGUGGCAUAUUUGCAUUUUAAUAUGCCUUUCAUGGAAUAUACCAUCUUGUCCAACUUUGUGAUAGUGGUGCUGGAAAUCCCAGGUUCCUCAGAAGUGGCUUUGAUUUUGCAUCUUAACCUAUACCUCUUCUAGGCAACUUGGUCCUCCAGCUGGUGGGUCUCAUUGUCUCCAGUUUUUCUGAAAUGCAAAGUAUCAAAUGACAGGUCCAGGAACACAUGUUUAAUUUAGUCACCUUUGCUUUUUAACAAUAUAUGUUGUUUUAGAAUCAGUGAAUAAUUCAUGUUAUAUUAUUUUUGAAUAAUGGAUGACUUCAGGCCAGGCUUUUCAUUCUAAUAAGUAAUACUCUUCUCUUACUGAAACAAUGAGAAUACUCUGUGCCUUUCAAAUGUACUCAUUAUGCUGCAGUUUGGUUCACAUUGCACAUUAUGAGGUUUAUUUAUAAUUUGAUAAAUUUAAAAUAGAGCAGUUUACAUAGGCAGACAUACAAAAGCUUAUUCUUGUGUGAUUAUUUUUAAACUGAUAUUAUGAAAAUAAAUACAUAUCUUAAAAAUAUGUCAUAAAAUGUUAAAAAUUAAAGAUGUGUACUUUAAAUUUUGUCAGUGUUUUUGUUGUUGUUGUUUUAUUUUUAUCUUGUUUUAUAGGUGAACUUCUUUUCAGAAGUGAACUCUGGGGGAAUGUUUGCUACCUUUAUCCAUGAUAAAAGAAACAAUUGAAUAGUCGACAAUUAUACUAGACUGUGUUUGUGUAUGCAUAUAUUUGAUAUCAUUAAUAAUGAUAUUAUGCCUUCCCUUGGUGUACAUUUAGCACUCUUUUAGGUGGUAUGCAAAUUACUUAACAGAUAUCAUAAAUUAUAAGAAGAUACUAAUUUGGGGUUUUCUUUGCUUGAUGUGAGUCUUACCAUUAUAUUUAAGGCUUCCUUGGUAGCAUUCAUAUUUAUUAAAUUUAUUAGGCACCUGGGGAACUUAUUAAAAUAUAAAAUGUCUUAGACUUGUGCUUAAAAUGUUUAUAAUCUCUAAACUUCUGUAAUAGCCUGUUUAUACCAUUGUGCUUUUAGAUAUAUGGUAAAUUAUAUCCAAUGACUGAAAUAAAAUAACCUAAAUGUAGAUUCAUCUAUACAUUGUCUUAUGAAAUUCUAAUAUUUAUCUCAGUACAGAUUAAAUAAGGCACAUUUAGAACACUAGCCUGAAAAUAUGAUAUGGAAAUGGUAUUGAUACAUAAGUCAAAUAAAGAUGAUCAAGGCAUUUCUCUAAAGAAUAAAUAAUGCUAUCAAGAAUCAGGAACUUUCAUGAAUGAAAGAUGAUUUGACUUGUCAGAAAAGGUAUUGGACACUUGGAAAUAGCCCCAAGUGUUCUUUCAGUGCAAUGCUGGACUUGAUUUUGUAUUGAAUGGACUAUUUAACAAUGCUCUAAAGCAGAGGUUAACUUGUAGAUUUUUACCCCAGGAAGAUAUAAAUAAUUUCUGUCUGGUGGGUAAAGCAAUCCUACCUUAAUGGCUUUACAAAUUAUUACCCUGUUGGACAUUAGCCAGUUUUUUUUUUUUUUAAUUUGUCCAACAAUCUUAUCCUAACAUUUGCCUAUAAAUAUUUAGCUUUUGAAACACUCUUGAAAUUGUAGUGUCAUCUUACUAGUUUCCUUGUUAUUAAUUAUUUUAAUAAAAUCUUUGAAUAUGUUCAUUUUAUAUUUGCAUAAGAGUUGUGGUUUUACCUUUUUGAAGAUUUUGGUUUAAUAAACUUUUGACUGUAGAGUCUUACAAUUGUAUUUACUUGAGUGUCAUGAUUUUAAAUUUUGAAAUUUUAACAACUUUUAAAAGAGUCACAUAAUUAAAAAAACUGAAUGCUA